CUGAGAGCAUCCAGAUCAUUGAAGCCAUUGAACCAGCACGCGAUUAGCUAUAACAGAGACACCGCAGACACAUAAACAACGUAAUGGCGAGCAAGAAUAGGCCAUUGGCAAGAUUGAUCGCCUCAGCUUGUCGUACGAACCACUUGAGUCAAGCACGCAAGUUUUCGACAAGUCAGACGCGAUGCCUCCACACGACUCCAUGUCUUCGCACCGACGGCGUGUUUCGCCUCUUGACCGAUAGCAGAACGCCCAUGCCAUGGAUCGAUGCUUGGAGGCUUCAGCAGGAGGGCCAGGGAACGGCAUCGUCAGAAGCCCAGCCACAGGAGCGGGACCUGAGUCCCAAGAAAAUGAGCGAUAGCUACCACCGCGUCGUCCUGCCGUUGGGCCAAGAUCCAUGGUUAUCCGACACCUAUAUCAAUGCGUCUGGUCAUAUACGACUGGGGACCGUGUUCAUGGACUUAGAUGCGCUGUCGGGCAUUAUCGUGUACAAGCAUACGGGCCCCGGAGUCACGACCGUCACGGCAGCAUUGGAUCGUAUCACUAUAGCCCAUCCCCUUACAGAGAUCUGCGAUCUUGAAUACAGUGGACAGGUUACAUAUGCAUCUGGACGAAGCAGCGUGGAGAUCACCUGCAAGGUCGCAAGAGCAAGGCCAGAGGGCGAACCAAGCAAGCCUGAUGACGUCUUGCUGACCUGCACCUUCACCAUGGUUGCUCUCGAUUCGGAGACCAAAAGGCCCACCAAAAUCCCAGCACUUAUAUGCGAGACACCCGAGGAAGAGAAGAUCUACAAAGCAGGAGAAGCCAAGUCGCUUGCAAAGAAGGAAAUGCUCAAGACGUCUCUCCUAGAAACGGAGCCAAACGACCCAGAAUCAUCGCUCAUCCACAAGAUCUGGCUUCGACAAGUUCACUAUCAUAACCCAAACAACGAUCUCCGUCAACCGGAGAAUGUGGUGCCUAUGGCCAAGACGAAACUCGCCACGGCGUCCAUCAUGCAGCCACAAUAUCGCAACAGGCAUCAAACCAUGAUAUUUGGAGGCUUCCACUUGAAGCAAACGUUUGAACUGGCCUUCUGUUGCGCUGCGAGUUUUGCCCAUGCGCGACCAAGCUUCAUUAGCGCCGACCCGUGCACCUUCCGCAAUCCCGUCCCGGUAGGAAGUGUUCUCUACCUGACGGCAACAGUGGCGUACACCGACCCACCACUGUUGGAGGAGGAUGGCAGUGAGCCACAACAGAAAGACGCCGAGAAGCCUGUGACCCGUGUGCAUGUUCGUGUCGACUCGAAGGUGAGAGAUGUGGAGCACGGCAAUGCGAAGUCAACUGGACAGUUCAACUACACAUUCUCUGUGCCCCGGGAUGUCAAAGUACUGCCCCAUACGUAUCAAGAGUACAUGAUGUACAUCGAUGCGAGAAGGAGAGUCAAGUUGGGAGAUACCCAACAAAGCCAAGACCAGUCAGGGUCUCAGAAGGAGCGGCUGCAACUUGGUAGAGAGGCGAAUUUGACUGAGUGAGGGACAAGUGACAUAGCCCAGCAAGCUCAGCAGGACCUUUUGACUUAGACCAUGGGAGGCAGUGAAGAGCAAGCAGGGGAAACGAGCAGCUCAGGCGACAUUCGGAUGACAUGGAGCUGAAGAAAUACAUGGCGUUAGUCAGGGUCAAAUUUGGUGAAUUGCGUCGGAUUCCGAGUAUUUGGGGCGGCUGUAUUGGUACUGGGAAGACGCGUAGGGAAGAGCUACUCAAUCGGCC